AUGAAACAUUUGAGUAUAUUGUUACUUCUUACUGUUACUUGUUAUGUUGUUGCCAGACCGAAGCUCGAGGAGGAAAACUUGGAAAGUAGGUUUUGUCCCAUCUUUUGGAGUUACUUUAAAGGCAAAUAACGAGGGAAACUGUUUAACUUCAAGUAGAAAAAUAAAAGCAUAAAACCCAUGCUUAUAUCUCUCACCAAACAUUCCACUUUCAGAUGGCGUAGGGUUAAGUAAAAUGGAUUCAGCUGAAAUCGAAUCGUUCCAAAACGUAGUCGACGGCCCAAUUCAACAGAUCCCAGAAUCCGAAGAUGGAAACGGAGCUGUAGAAGGAAGUGGAGAAGAAGAAGCUACUACUACCACAACUACAGUAGCUCCACGAAAAACAAAGUCAAAGAAGCAUAAGAAACAUCACAGAAGACGUACCACAACUACCACUGAAGCCCCAUCAGAAGAGUACGAUUCAGAAGAAGAUGAUUCCAACAGCAACUCGGAUUCUGAAGACACUACUCCGUCUGAAAGCUCCGAACCCACCACAUCAGAAGCUCCAGAAGACAGCAAAGAGAACGCUGAAGACUUCUUGGACAUGGCUGGUCCUCUACCAGAGCUGAACGACUUCGAGAAUCAGCUGAACUUGAAGGAGGUCAAGUUCGACGAGUCAUAA